AUGACAUCAGGAGAAUCAUUUGACAUCACAUGUAGAACUAUCAAAGCCCAUCCUGCUGCUAGUAUACAGUGGUAUAUAGAUGAUGAUAUAAUUACCAGCAAUGUCAACAGUAGAAUAUUAUGGGAUAUCAAUGGUAAAAAAGACACAGUUAGUGAAUUAUCAAUAAUACCAAAUAGAAAUGACUUUGGAAAGAAAUUAAAAUGUGAAAGUAAUCAUGAUGUCCAGAAUAAUCCACAGACUAUAUUUGUCAAUAUAAUUGUACAAUAUUCUGCUGUAAUUUGCAAUGACACUUUGGAUGAAAGUUCAGCAGAUCAAGGUCAGAAUGCUACCAUUAUUUGUGCAUCUAUGGGAUAUCCAAUACCAGAUAUAAAGUGGUACACAUGGACUUACGGUAGUAAAGUGGAACUUAUGAGUGAUACGACCAGAGUUGUGAUAAUACAUGAACCAUAUGGAGUUAAUAAAACGAUACAAAGUACACUGUAUAUACAGAACGUGAUACCUGAAGUAGACCAUGGUGUAUAUACAUGUCAUGCUAGUAAUAUUAUUGGUAGUGAUAACUACAAUAUUACACUGGCCGGGAGAAUUGAAGGAGAACCAGAUUCACCCACCAAUGUGAGUACAACGGGUAUAUCAUGGGACUCUGUCAAUAUUACAUGGGAUAUAGGAUAUAACGGUGGAUCAUCACAAUGGUUUCAUGUGUCAUACAAACAGAUAUAUAUCAAUGAUUUUAUCAGAUCAAAUAAAGUUGAAAUGCCACCUUAUCACAUCGAUGGCUUGAAUUCAUCCACUGAAUAUGAAAUACAUGUAACAUCUGAGAAUGUGAUUGCCUUGAGUGAACCAAGUAAGCCUAUCAUAUUUAAAACUACAGACACUAUGGCAAGAGGAAGACAUCACCAUGAAUUGCCGGAGAGAACUUCAACAGGUUAUGGAAAUAGUACAAUACCUGCCGACUCAGAUAUCAAUGUGGCUACCUACGAGAAUGUUAGGCCUAAAUUAUUAAAAAAGCCUACUAACGAUGACAGUGUGUACGCCUCGCUUAACCAUGAUGGAAAAGAAAAUAUUUACAUGAAAGCAGGACAAAAACUGUUAGAAUUUCGAAGAAAUGAUAUAAGCAUGAAAAGUGUAGUAUCUACUGGUCGAUUCUAUGAAUUGACAAAAUGUGUUGCUUGGAGUGGAACAGAUGGUCAGUCAGAUGUUGUGAUUAAGAAAAACAUCGAUCCUUUGAACAAUCAAAUUGAGGAAGAGGUCUCCAAGGAAAUUGAAAUAAUGCAGUAUAUAUCGAAUCAUAGUAAUAUUGUACAAUUUCUUGGAUGCUGCACAGACACGGUUCCUAGAUAUAUAGUAAUGGAGUUACAGUCAUCAGAUCUAAAAUGCUAUCUUCAUUCUAAACGCAUCGAGUCUGACUUAAAGGAUAUUAAUCAAAGCAGUCUGUUAUAUUUUAUGGUUGACAUUGCAAAUGGAAUGGGACAUCUGUCUAAAUUAAAGAUUAUUCACAGAUAUUUGACCACUGAGCAUAUCUUAAUGAAUAGCCAUAGACAAUGUAAAAUAUCCAAUUUUAGCUACGCAAGUGACGUCAUCGAUGAUCUACGUUUCUUUGAAAAAACUCAGAACAACUAUCCAUAUCAAUGGAUGUCUGCUGAAACAUUGUUGAACAGAAGAUUUUCACUGAAGAGUGAUAUUUGGUCUUUUGGUGUAGUCAUGUGGGAAAUUGUGAAUCUGGGUGCAGUGCCAUACCAAGGAGCGUCUGAGCAAAAAGUGACCAGCAUGGUACGAGAAGGAAAUCGAAUGCCAAAACCAGUACAUUGUGGAAAUCAUAUGUAA